UGGAAACAAGAAAAACAAGAAAAGGGGAAAAAAAUACAAAAGGAAAACAGAGACUGGUGUCAUCAGCUAUCGUAUUCGUAUGUCACCCCCGAAGAAGGUACGUCAAAGCUCAGCCUUCGAUCACCUUUUUCUCAAAACCCUACUGUGAAUCCUAUGGACCCUCUUUCGGCACUCCGGGAGUACACAAUCUGCGGCGAGCUCGACAAGAUUGUGCGCGUCAACGACGAGUUCCGCUUCGGGAACGAAUACACCUUCCCUUGCUCCGUCGAGACUGCUUAUCGUUCCAAGCAGGGCAACCUCUACACUCUCGAGACCCUCGUCUUUUACAUCAAGGACCCUCAUCUCAAACAUGUCGACUACAUCCAGAACGCCCGUGCGAAUCGCGUCCCCACUGUCACCCUCCCCGAUCGGAAACCCCUACUCGACUACCUUACCGGAAAGGUGUCUUCCUCCGACGCUAUUGAGUUCCCGCUUCCUCAAAACCCUAUCCCCAUCAUCAAUAAUAGUGAGUAUCGUGCCGAUGAGCGCGUAUUUGUUGAAUCUAAAGAUAAAUCGUUUCUUGAUGCUGGUAUGGUGGAUGUUGCGGCGAUGGAGGUUGAUGGAACGCUCGAAAAUUUGGACUUUAUGUCGAUGAUUAGGGGAAUUGAGAGACCGUUGAAAGAUAGGGAGAGUUUACUGGAGUGCAAGCACAGGGAUUUCUAUAGUGUACUUGUUACGGCCACGAAGCGAGAGGAAGAGAGGCAACGAAUUGAGUCGCAGCAGAGGAAGGACGGUUUGGUGGCGAAGAAUCGGUUGAUGGGGGCGGAUGAGAGGGGCUUAGGGUUUUCGGAUGAGAUGGGUUACGAUUCGGGGCCUAAGUCAAAGAUGUUGAAGGUGGGAAAAAUGGGUGAGGGGGUGCCUAUAAUUCUGGUUCCCAGUGCGUUCCAGACGCUGAUUACCAUUUACAAUGUGAAAGAGUUCUUGGAAGAUGGGGUUUAUGUGCCCACGGAUGUGAAGGUGAAGCAGAUGAAGGGGGCAAGGCCAGAUUGCAUCACUGUGCAGAAGAAGUUUAGUAGGGAUAGAGAGAAGGUGAUGCAAGCCUACGAGGUCAGGGAUAAGCCAUCUGCUCUGAAACCGGACGACUGGGACAGGGUGGUGGCUGUUUUUGUGUUGGGGAAAGAGUGGCAAUUCAAGGAGUGGCCUUUCAAGGAUCAUGUCGAGAUUUUCAAUAAAAUUAUUGGUUUUUUCAUGCGGUUUGAAGAUGAUAGCGUGGAGUCAGCUAAGACCGUGAAGCAGUGGAACGUAAAAAUAAUUUCCAUAAGCAAAAAUAAGAGACACCAGGACAGGGCGGCAGCACUGGAGGUUUGGGACAGACUAGAAGAAUUUGUCCGGUCACGGUCACAUUCUUGAGAGGGGCAGGGAUUUCAAGAGCCUAUGUAUGAAAACUGAGGCUUAUCCUAGUGGAGAUCAAGUAAGAUUGUGGGGGAACCGGGGAAGUCAUCGUUGUACAUGCAUUUUCUGAAUCCAACAUAGGUUGCCAUCGAGUUCACAUGUAAUGAAAUUUAUCACAAACCAAGUAAAAGGAUUUAGUGACCUGUGGAGAGCAGAUUCUUGCAGUAUCUACUUACAUUAUGAUUAAAGCUUUUUCUUAUUUAUUCUCAUGGUGCUUUGAUCUAAGCUUUCUAAAAAA